AUGCUAAAUCAUACAAUAUUGGAUUGGACUACAAUGUUUAAUAGGAGUUUGAAUAAAAUGAUCAAGGAAGCUCUGCAGCACUGCUCGUAUAAAUGUGAUAUUAUCACAUCACGAAGCGACAUUCUAAAAGCUGGUGCUGUAAUCUUCCAUAGCACUGAUGUUAAAUUGUAUGAUUUACCCGAAGAGAGACAACGAUUACAUAACCAAGUUUAUGUAUUCUUAAAUCGCGAAUCCCCACAUCAUGUAUCAAUUGCUAUUGCGAUGUUAACACCAAAAUUUUUCAAUUUAACAAUGACUUAUAGAGUGGAUAGCGAUUUUUAUUACGGAUAUGGUCGACUGCAACGGAUUACUAAAUUAUCCGAUCCUAAAAAAAUUUGGACUUGGGAAAAGGUUCAAAGAAUCAUAAAAAUGAAAACCAAGUCUGUUUUACAAUUCGUUUCUCAUUGUUCAACACCAUCUUUGCGAGAAGUCUAUGUUGAAGAACUUAAAAAUUAUAUUAACGUUACAGUUUUUGGAAGUUGUAAUUCGAAUCCUUGUCGAAACAAAUGUGAAGAAAAUGCCAUAGCUGAACAUCGUUUCUAUCUUGCAUUUGAGAAUAGCGUUUGCCGUGAUUAUGCUACCGAGAAACUUUUCGAUCGUAUGGCUCAAUUGCUUAUUCCUAUUGUAUUAAAGAAGUCAAUUUAUCGACAUUUUCUACCCGACGGAUCAUAUAUCGCUGCGGAUGAUUUUUCUUCUCCAAAGGCAUUAGCUGAUUAUUUAUCAAUUGUUGAGAAAAAUAUAACUGAAUAUAUGAAAAUUGGCAAUAAUUUUAGGUAUUUCGAAUGGACUCAGAAUUAUAUUACGUCUACGAUAGGCUCAUAUGGCUUACCAGCAAUCAAUUCGAUGUGCGAAUUAUGUAAACUUUUGCAUAAAGGUAUGCGACAAUCGCGAGCCGUUGAUUUCGGUGAUUGGUGGUACGCACAAGGAAUGUGCCAGCAGGAUUAUGCACAUUUAUUAAUAAAUGGAUUUCAUGAAUAA